AUGAGAAGAGGUGGUCCAACUUAUGAUACAUUAAUACAAGCAUUGAGGAAGAUUGGAGAGAAUGCAGUAGCUGAUGGGAUUGGAGGUGAUACCAGUAACGACUCUCGCAAAUCUAGGGGUGAGUCUGUGAAUGAGGAAAAGAAUGCUGCAACUGAGGAGAAUGGAAGAGGAUUAAAUAAGGACAGCAGCCCUAAUGGUGAGCCUGGGAAUGAGGAAAAGAAUGCUGUAACUGAGGAGAAUGGAAGAGAAUUAAAUAAGGACAGCAGCCCUAAUGGUGAGCCUGGGAAUGAGGAAAGGAAUGCUGCAACUGAGGAGAAUGGAAGAGAAUUAAAUAAGGACUGUGGCAGACCUAAUGGUGAGCCUGGGGAUGAGGAAAGGAAUGCUGCAACUGAGGAGAAUGGAAGAGAUUUAAAUAAGGACUGCAGCAGACCUAAUGGUGAGCCUGGGAAUGAGGAAAGGAAUGCUGCAACUGAGGAGAAUGGAAGAGGAUUAAAUAAGGACUCCGGCAGCCCUAAUGGUGAGCCUGGGAAUGAGGAAAGGAAUGUUGCAACUGAGGAGAAUGGAAGAGAAUUAAAUAAGGACUGCGGCAGACCUAAUGGUGAGCCUGGGGAUGAGGAAAGGAAUGCUGCAACUGAGGAGAAUGGAAGAGAUUUAAAUAAGGACUGCAGCAGACCUAAUGGUGAGCCUGGGAAUGAGGAAAGGAAUGCUGCAACUGAGGAGAAUGGAAGAGGAUUAAAUAAGGACUCCGGCAGCCCUAAUGGUGAGUCUGGGAAUGAGGAAAGGAAUGUUGCAACUGAGGAGAAUGGAAGAGAAUUAAAUAAGGACUGCAGCAGACCUAAUGGUGAGCUUGGGAAUGAGGAAAAGAAUGUUGCAACUGAGGAGAAUGGAAGAGAAUUAAAUAAGGACUGCGGCAGACCUAAUGGUGAGCCUGGGAAUGAGGAAAGGAAUGCUGCAACUGAGGAGAAUGGAAGAGAAUUAAAUAAGGACUGUGGCAGGCCUAAUGGUGAGCCUGGGAAUGAGGAAAGGAAUGUUGCAACUGAGGAGAAUGGAAGAGGAUUAAAUAAGGACUGCAGCAGACCUAAUGGUGAGCUUGGGAAUGAGGAAAGGAAUGCUGCAGAGCUCAAGGAGGGUGGUUGUGACAGAUCUACACCGAAUGACACAGAGGCCAGGCCCACCUGUAAAUGUUGUUCAGUAAUUUAA